AUGAGAUGGGAUGCCCAUACAACUAUAACUUCGCCUUCUGUGGUAAGUGCAACUGUGGGAGAUUCACCGACUUCAAAUGGGUUUGUUAAUCGACAUCCGGUUUACUUCACCGAAGGGAAUGUAGCCAACCUGGGGGCUCCACCGUCUAGAUCCGUAUCGACUCCCUUGGCUGCCGACCUUAUACCAGCCCUUCCGUCCUUCCUAGGGGCUGCCCUCAGCUGGGGGUUAGGUGAAAGUGCGGCGGGCGACGAGAUGUGUAAUAGUGGAAGCCCCUCAGCCCUGAGUGGCGGUGAACCGCUACCGGAGUCGAUGCAGCGUUCCCUCAGAGCAGCUUGGACAAAGUUAAACUGGAAAGCGUUAUAUAGACUUCGGCAUGCGCACUACUACACUGGCGAAGUGGCUAAGACUCAAGGUGAUUUGCAAAGUGGAAGUAGUAAAGAUAAGCAUGGAGAGGGCGAAUGGGCCCUGGAUGAAGUCUGUGAUACCUCUUAUGGAGAUCAGAUCCUGCCCAAUGCCGGAGUUGACAGCGACUCUGCUGAAAGUGUGAAAAGGACUUCCACUACACUCCAAGAGCACACUGCAGCUUCGCUAACUGAUGUGUUAUACAAAGAAGGCUUAGCUUCAUUAUGCACACGAAUACUUCCUUCAACUGGAGCCAAGAACAUAGAAAAGGGAAGCAUUUCUAAUACUAGUCUCAGACGCACAGGAGACUUACAGCUACAUGGUUAUGGCGUUCUCUUGUAUAUUAUAUACGGCUAUCGGAGAAACGUCAAUGGAUCCACUCCCGCGGCCCCAACAACAGCGGCAACGGGAUGCAGUACUUCAAACAAUGAUGCUUCCGCUGGGAACCUGAUACCUCUUGCACUGGUGCCAAAGGCAUACUGCCCCGUGUUGGAUCUCUUUGGUAAAGAAGUGUUGGACGCGGAUCUUGUUGAGAUGUCAGGCAGAACCUCCAAAUCCAUGCUGGAUAACGAACAACAGGUAUCAUUGCAGUUCAUGCAGGAAGGGAGAGAACAUAACGACAAGGUUGCUGUUUUGUCGCUCGUGACCUAUGAAGGGAGUUUUUGGCGCGGGCAGCCACAUGGGAAAGGUCGACUCUUGGUAUAUCAGCGGUACAUCCUGGAAGGAGAGUGGGUCCAUGGAGCGCCUCAGCUGAGGUGUGUAUGGGUCCUACGAAAAAUUUUGGCUCACCAGAUAGAUUCUCAGGGAAUAGAUCGGCAUGGAAAAUACCUUGAUCAGCUUAAAAAAAAUAGAGGAAAAUAUGAAGCCUAUCCACAUACUAGUAGUGAAGUUGAGGAAACAACCAGUCCACAAAGCAUGAUUAUUUUUUCGGAAAAAUACAUGGGUACGCUUACGGUAGGCAUUAAUCGUAGGAAAGCCUUGAAUCCCGAAGAAAUUGCUCGCUUGAGCGAGCCUUGGAAACGACAAGGUGGUCUGUCAUGGACAAUCAAUCCACGAUUCUCUUUCCUCUAUGACGGCCUCGGUGAGGCGUUGUCGACUCCUGGUGGGCAUACACAGCUUUUGACCAGAAGUAGGGUUGCGUUUACACCUCAUGGGCCGGGCUCCGACCAUGAAGGCGGUCUUGCGAUGGAGAGAAAGGGGAUCGUCUGGUAUUGCGGAGAGUGGGUCGCAGGAGAGCGGCAUGGGGUUGGGGCAGAGUGGCGUAGCACCGGUCCCAACCGCGGCCUGUACUUGGGGAGUUACGAGCACCAACAGUGCCAUGGUCCAGGCAUCCUCGAGCAAGAUGACGGGAAUGGUGUGUUGUUCAGUUUCGAUCGUAGUAGCGACUGUGGCUCUGUAUUUUCGGGUUCAUGGAAGUGUGGCGUGCUUCAGCCCACGGGCACCCUUCUACUCAACUCAAAACCCUCCAUGAGCCUGAAAGGUACAAACUGGAAGUUUACUCCAGAUCAAACCGGUCCAGGAGAAGAAUUUUUAUUUGAUCAAGCGUUUUUUAUGAAGGGUCACCACUCUCUUAGUUGCAUAUGGGAACCAAUUUUUAGGAAUUUCGACACAGCCCUUGGGUCGUUGCCACCGUUGGAAAAUUACUUAACAGAACAUUUAAGAAAUUCCAACGAGGACACAGUAACGGCAGGUUUCGAAGAUGAUAGCAGAAGAAAACGUCUUAAUGAAUAUAUCCGUCCUAUUUUGGAAGCUGUAAUGUCGUUAAAGGAGUGGGGUGAGACCCUUACUACUUUUCAGCGCCUGUUUUACUUUAUUUUCGGCAAGUGCUCGAGAAGCGAGAUGUGCGACGAUCAGAAAUAUCAACGACCGCAACCAAAUGAGGAUAUAAAAAUCGCGCCGGAUACUGCUCGUGAUUGGCGCCUAUUUAAUCGAGAAAGGAACGAAAACGGCUUAUGGGGAAAAGACGGCAACGUUUCAGAUACCAAUAGCUUGCUUAAACGCUUGGAGCAGCUCGGCGGCAGCAAACCUUUUGAUACAUGCUCUCUCAAUACCCGUCAUCAUGGGGGUCGACCGACCCCUCAUUUUACGUAUAGUUCACCGUCGUGGUGCCAAUUAAUGGGACUUUCCACUACGACUGAGGCGGCAGGUUCUUUACAUCAAAGGGGUUUUGAUACACACGAAACCUUCACGUGUGCGAUGGACAAAACCGAUCCGGUGGCGAAGGAAUCCGCACAAUUCUCGUCCAAAAUGAGUGGAUAUGAUGCUCGUCGCGUUUGUCGCGUCAGUUGCCUCCAUGCUCACUGUACGAAUCCCGCCUAUACUUCCCUUUCCAUGAUGCGCGGACAAACACCGGAUGCCAUUGCGGAGCGUGCCUGCCAUUAUGCCGCGAGUUUGGUAACGUCCGUACGGCUCCGAUUGAUACCCUUUCUAGUACUGCACCCCAUAGAAUGUGAAGAAAUUAUGCAUCAUAAAGUCCUAGAACAGUUCGGCUGGAACGUCGUAUAUUGCCUUGUCGGACCACUCCUGUACGACCUCUGCAACGCGGUUGUGGUCCAACAGCACGUCAACUUUGUGGGCGCAUACGUGCGUAACGGCAAGGGCCUUGACAGUCACCAUCUCACGUCCAUGGUGCGAAGAUCGCUAGCGAAGGAACAGUGCUUUUCAUUUUCGUCGCCGACACAGCACGACAUGCGCCUGAGUGAUCUACACGCGGCUGUGAGUCGACUGUUGCAAGAAACAAAUGUCUUCCAGUGUAAAGUCACCCAACAAAUGGAUCCAGAACCACCUCCGAUUAAAAUUAGUGGUGAACAUAACAGUGAUAAAUGUUUAAAAAAUGUCGGCACUACAUCAUCUUUUUGCUUUGACGACUCAGUCAAACAGGGCAGCAUGAAAGACAACGAAUAUUGGAUCCCCUCCGCGACUCGAAAAGUUGAGCCAAGUCGGGAUGAAGAAACACUCAUUCACCAUGCUGCAUGCAUUUUCUCGAACCCAGCACUGUCUCUUGUCGUGGAAUGUCAGCCCACCUCCUAUGGGCCACUAUUUUUAUGGCAUCCCUCGUCGCAAACGCACCAGGAAACUAUCUUAGGAAGUAGAAGCAUCUAUGGUGCACCCCUUCAUGCAUCAGCGACAUUGUUUGACAUCUUGGACACGCUUACGGCGUUGGUUCACCUCUCCGUCGUCAAGUACCCCGAUGAGCCUCUUUUCCAGCAACGUUGGUUAGGCAAGUGCGUGCUGUUAGCCGCUUGCAAAGCGGAAGACAUGUUGAUGGGGUCCGCUAAACAGGAAACUUAUAGUUCGCCUUUUUGCGAGGAAGCGCUGCGUCGGGUGGGCUUUAGCCCCUUUGCAUGCAUUCUUUUAGUAUGCUUAAUAACGCUGGGAUCGGUAUCGCCUACACUUUCUCUUACCACAUUUAGCCGCCUUCUGCUUCAUGAUCUGAUCUACCGGCACCAUCAUCACAACCCUCUGCAAUCGUUUUGUGGUUUUGAAAAGAAGAAUCAGAGUAUCACCAACGAAGAAUCGGUAGGAAAAAGUGAAAGUGUGUCAAGGAUAACUACGGAAGGGCCCCUCAGAGAAGUGCUUCUUAGCGUCCUUAAUGCGUCAUGUCGAUUAGUGCACUGCUUCCCACACCUGCUUCGGCCUAUUUAUUCUCGGAAUGCAAUAGACGACGAUAUCUGCAUUUAUCCACUUGAUGAAUUGUAUGUUCGUGCUCAAUAUUGUGCAUCACUUUGCGGCUCGCAAAAAUUGCUUAAGAAACUUCUUUCUGCAAAGAAGCAACAACAGAUCUCCAGUGAUGGGAUAUCGAAUGAACUCGCCGAAGGGGUGCAUGCCGUUUUACCACCCUAUACUUGUUACAACCACGUCUUCUCAUCCUGCACGCUAAAUGAAUCAACCCUCUCGACGGUUUCAUUAUCAGGUAAAUCUCCCUCUGGCACUCCAUUGAAAGUAUCUGAAGCUAUCGAUAGCGGUACGGAUGGGUUGUAUGAACUGAAGGACUUUUUUAAAAAGACUCUUCGAUUGCCGAAGGAAACUAUGAUGGAUCAUUUAAACGAAUACUGGUCUGAGAAAUCAUCAUUACAGACACACCGAAGAGUCACGGGAUCUACCGAGAUUGAAGAAAAGGGCACUGAGGAUUGCAUACUUCACUUAAACUUAUUCGAGGAUCAAAAGCAAGCUCUGAUGAGGCAGAAUGCUCCGAAAGCUGGUUUAGACGAUGAGCAAGGCACCUAUCCUCCUACAAGUCAGCUUCGGACACAUAUCCCCAAUAGUGAUGAUGCAUCACUUUCGGACUUCGUUGCCUGGACUUUCAAAUGUGUAAAUACUGUGUUACAAAGCUCUGGAUUCGAUCUUUCACUCUGUAGCAAUAUUCAUGCAAACACUACUGCGAGUAAAGCGGCCGAACCCGUGCAGGAAACCCACUGCGAGCGCGAUGUCUAUGUCUGGAAGCACUUUGUGUACGGAUUUCGGCAACACGCGCAGAGUACUUCUGCCCGAUACUACACUCCCACAAGGUGUAUAUCAACGUCGCUACAAUCACUUUUGAGAGAUGAACAUUGCACUGGGAGUCAGGGGCAGCGAGGACGGGCCGGGUCGAUGCGUGAGGAAGAAAACACAGAAGACGAGACAUUAGCGAGGGUUGUGUCCACUGCACCACCUAAUCGCCGCGGUUCGGUUGAAGUUGUUGAAGAAGACACAUUCACGUACCCUCCACUUCUUUCAGAGGAAGAUUUUUGUUACAUUGCGUUGCUAGUUCUUUUCCUGGCAGAGUUGGAUAUACAAAUUGAACUUCAGGCAUUUUUUGUUCGGAAUGACAAUGAUGACGAGAUUGAAAACACAGAAACCUACCCAACAUUACCUGCAGACGUAGACCGCGUUCGGACGCAUUUGACGCCCGAAACGAACUGCAUUGGUAAAUUAGAAAACACUAAUAUACAUGAAGAACUUCAAUGUGAUCUAAUAAGACCCUCAUCUCAGAGUCUUUCCGGUGAUCCAACGACCAGAAACCACGAAUCUGUGGCUCGGGCUCCCUCUAUGAAAGCGAUAACAAAAGAAAGUAUAUGCCCUAUCAACGAGGCUCAAACAACGACAGUUUCUCCACCAAUGAACGCAUUGCGAAACUUAGUCAUUCCUGCUGGCAAAACAGGUAGAAAUCAUGAACGAUCGCAUUCAUCGGUUACUCAUGGAGACCCUUUUCAGCGGAUCUCUGGAGGAAUUCAAGGAAAAGAAUUCACCCUAACCCUAUCGAUGCCUUCUGCAUUUCCGUAUGGACUAGAGAUAGAGGUUCUGGAAAGUGCGUGGUCAACGGUUGCGGUAAUGAUGGGGGAAAGUGCGGUCUCUUUCAGGAGAAAGACACAGAGCAAAUAG